UAAAUAUUCUAUUUCAGUUUAAUUAUAUUAUUAUUUUAAUUAGUUUUUUAACGGUGAAGAUGGCGGGCGCGUAUUUCUUCGCUUUCCUCCUAAUUUUGGGUGUCGCUCAGUGCGAGCCCAUUGGUCGCCAGGACCCGCAUGCUGAAAUAGAAGAUUUGCGCGCAGGUCAAAGGAUCGUAUACGGAUGGGAGGCAGCGGAUGGUCAAAUCCCCCACCAGAUUAGCUUGCGUAUGAUACGUAUAGAUGGCCAGGUCUCCUCCUGCGGGGGUUCCCUCAUUCACCACGAAUGGGUCAUCACUGCCGCCCAUUGUCUUGCCAACCGCCUUUUGUUCGUGGUCCGCCUCGGCCUGACCAACCUGACCCGGCCAGAGUACAUCGUGGAGACAUCCCGCAAGUUCAUCCACCCUCAAUACGUCGAGGUCCUAGCUGGAGUGCAGACAGACGAUAUCGCGCUGCUCGGACUUGAGAGGCCCAUUCCUUAUGGACCAAACAUCCAGCCAUGCCGUCUGCAGAACAGCGAGAUGAAGAACUUCGACUACACGGGCGUCAGGCUUACCGUCAGCGGCUACGGACGUACAGAUGAUUUGUGGAACGGUGGUGCGGCGUCAGAGAUCCUUCUGUGGGUGUACCAACUGGGAGUCAGUAACGAGGAGUGCCUGCGGUGGUACCCCAACAGCCGCGUCAUCAGGGAGCAAACCAUCUGCGCUGCAGCAUACAACCGGACCGGACAGUCUUCCUGCCAGGGCGACAGUGGUGGUCCUUUGACCGAGUUGGACGUCGACGGCAAACCUACAAUGGUGGGCGUGGUGAGCUUCGGGCACGUAAUCGGCUGCAACAGCCCUCACCCCUCUGGUUUGGUCCGCCCUGGACACUACCACGACUGGUUCGAGCAGGUCACCGGCAUUUCUUUCGACUGGAAAAAUGAGGACUUAAAGCCUAUAGAACCGGAAUCCUCUGAAUCCUCUGAAUCGUCUGAAUCUUCUGAAUCCUCGGAGGAGAACGGUGGUGAAGGUGACGGUGGAGAAGGCGACGGUGGAGAAGGUGACGGUGGUGAAGGUGAUGGUGGAGAAGGAGAUGGUGGUGAAGGAGAUGGCGGAGAAGAUGAAGAAAGCAGAGUGAACUUUGUUGAUAUGUAAAUACAUGUUGUUUAAAUAAAGAAAUAAGACCUUUA